GAAACUAGAAACACCAGAACCUUAAUUCGUAAUCACGACACCUUUUUACUCAUCGCAAAAAGGAAUAACCAUGUUGUUAAAUCCAUUCACGGGAGCAAAAGGAAAAGCUUGUUGCGAUGUAAUCUUUACUUCUCUUCCUCUGCACUUUAUUCACAUGCAGAAUUCCACUAUUGUGUAUGGUUCGAUGGUCGGCUAUCUUGUUUGAUUCGUCCAUUCUACGUACUCAGAUGCUAUAAUUUAAUUAACAUCCGACUAGACCUUGCGAACUCAUUAUUAUUGUGCAUCUAAAUGUGGUAAAGUGAUGAGGGGCUCCAAUCUAUUCAAGCGAGCUGCCUGGCCCAUAAGACACGUUUCUUAUAUCGAUCCCUUGCAGAUUUCAGCAGGGUAUAUAAAAAUUUCUAGUCUGGAUCUAACUUUGGUACCUGAUAUCCGCUCCAGAGAGAAGGGAGUGAGGAGAAGAAAGAGGAGAACAGAGAACGCCAUCUGAGAUCCUGAAUGCGCGGACAGUUCCGUAUUUUGACCUGCAAUAUGCAUCGCAGUUUCAUCUACCAAGCUUAUGGAACCCCAAUUGGAUAGAUAUUGGGAAAAGCCAUUGCUUUUGUACAUGGAAAGCUUCGUCUUUCUUGCUUCUCCCCCAGAACUAUCUUCAAAGGUGCCUAGGUCCUGGUAUUUUCGUAUCCAUUGAUCAAAAAAUCCUCCGGGUUGAUAUGGACCCGUGCCCUUCGUUCCCAUUGUUUUAUUUCUAGAAAACUUGCAUCUACUUCGCGCAGUCCCUCAACAAUUAGCCUUACGCAAUCUGUACAAUAUUCUAGAUCCAACAACCGCGUGGGAUCUUGCCCAUCACUUUUCGUCUCUUCCUCUUGCUUUGGAUGACGAUGAAAAUUCUACUAGAAUUAUUAUGAGUUCUUCGCGCGCAGUUCAUCAUUUUGUAUCCCCUGAGAAAGAGGUCAAUGCCGGCAUUUGGUCCCUUUUCGGAGGUGCGACUGUGUGUCUUGUUCUUCGACUUUGGUGCAAGCUAAGGAGGCAAGGCCUUUGGUGGGACGACUAUAUACUCAUACUUUCUUGGGUGGUUCUUCUAACAGCCGACAUAUUCAUUUCCUACGAAUUUGCGACUGGAUAUGUCGUCAAGACUUGGAAUGAUCGAAUGCUGAUUCUCGUAUCCAUAUCAUCUUGCCUCACUACCGCCGGCCAAACAUGGAGCAAAUCCGCAUUUGCAGUAACUCUUCUAAGGAUGACAAAUACCUGGCAAAAAUUUGUUUGCGUGGCCACUCUCAUCAUCCUCAACGUCUUCCUCGUCCUCAAAGUCUUUGUAGAUUGGUCCAAAUACUGUGGUAAAUCCGGAUACCAGAACUGGUGGAGGAUGCCUGGUUUUUGCGUGGAUUACCAAGCAGCUCAUAACAUCAAGGUUGGGGGAAAUAUCUUCAACAUUGUGGCGGACUUUAUACUGGCUCUAUUCCCAUGGAUGGUCACAUGGAAAUUGAAAAUAUCUCUGAAAGAGAAGAUCGCUCUUUGCAUCACAAUGAGUCUUGGGGUUGUGAUCGCCAUCAUCUCAGCUGUAAGAACUGCCUGGAUGGAGGAUCCAAGUGUCGAUGCCUAUAAUGAUUACUAUUUUUGGCGCCAAGGACUGUCUAUGGUCUGGUAUUCCGCCGAGGUCGCUGGCACCAUAAUCGUGCAAUCCAUCCCGCUGAUGCGACCACUCGUAAAUGACAUGCACACCUCUCUCGCCUCCAGAAAGCUAGGAUCUGGUGCCGACGGCAAAAGCUACGGUCCAGGAAAAUCAGCCAAGAGCACGAACCGACGAACGCUCACUCUUAUAUUGCAAGGAUGCGACGUAAAAGAUGACGAAAAUGAUUUAGAAGAUCAGAAGAGAGUUGACGUUGAUCGAAUGCAUCUAACUCAGGAUGAGAAUGGGAAGAUUGUACUUAGGAGGAGAACCGAUUCGGAAGAUGCAAACGCGUAUCAAAAUAGUCGCGUGACGAGUUCAAAUAGGAACCUUGAAGAGGAGGAAAUAGGAUUGACCCAGGAUCAAAAGGGCAGGAUUGUGAUGAGUAGCGAAUAUCACGCUGAUGGGGAAUCGAUGGAGGAUAUUCCCGAGUAUCGUUCCCACGGAGGAUCACUAGAGGAAAUUCCCGAAUAUCAUGCACGUGGAGGGCCAUUAGAGGAAAUUCCCGAGUAUCAUGCUCAUGGAGGGUCGUUGGAGGAGAUACCCGAAUACGGUACUAUUGGAGGCAAGGAACGGAUUCCCAUGACGGAAUUCCAUGCUGUCACUUGUUAAUAUGUAUAUUUCAAAACCAUGUAAAUAAUCCCACAAAAAAAAAGAUGAAAAGGUUCCA